AUGCAUUUUCAGAAUCUUCUUUGCAUUCUCAUCGCACACCAAGUAGCUGUGGCUACCACAACAUCAGCAAAACCCGCUACCCCGUCAUCAGCAAAAGGCAAGGUGCCUAAGAUAGACAAAUGUGCAAGUGCUGCUUUGACAACUGAAUUUUCGGCUGGGUUCAAGCAGCCUCACCCUCCAGUUAUUCAAGCCGAGUUCACAACUAGCUUUGUCCAGCACAAAUGGAACCAGAAGAUGUCAUCCAUAUCCACUGGCUUCAUACAUAAUUUGCCGUCGAAAGGUCUUAUCCUGGCUGAUCAAGUCGUCGAUGGGAUGUUAACAUCAUCGGUUUUCGAUUACAACAAUGUCACAUAUGAUGACAACGUGGACCAUACCAUGACCGUGUUUCAGAACGCAUCAAAGAGUCCCGUAGUCUGGAGGGGCUAUGAUGCCGUGAGCUUUCCUAUCCUAACAACCCAGAUGCUCGUAAAUGGGGACGCCGUCUUCAUUGGGCAAGUGACUAGAGAUUUUUCUGGUCGCGGAGUAGGCUGGAUGAUCAUGGAUCGAGGAAAAAAUCCUCUGACCGUCUACCUGAAUCCUUGCAACGUUGCUAUUGGGUAUGAUUACUUCCUGCGCGAUGAAAAGACUCGAGUGGUGACUGAGUUCUUCAACACAAACAUAACUGCGGUUGCGCAACCCAAGCUAGAAAGUAUUAUACACACAUGA